AUGUCUGGGCCACCGCCUGUAUUUAGGUCAACGUACUCAAACACCGAUGUUUACGAAUGUGAUAUGAAUGACUCUCCCAUUAUGAGGAGAUGCAAAGAUGAUUGGGUUAAUGCUACGCAAAUCCUCAAGUGCUGCAAUUUCCCAAAAGCUAAAAGAACAAAGAUUUUGGAAAAAGGAGUACAACAAGGAGUACACGAAAAGAUUCAAGGUGGAUUUGGUCGUUUUCAAGGUACAUGGAUACCAUUAGAAGAUGCACGUCGACUAGCAGCAACUUAUGGCGUUACCAAGGAACUAGCACCUGUCUUGUUUUUGGACUUCUCCGAUCCAAAUUUGAUAAUCCCUUUCAAGGCGAAACCACCACCAAAAGAUCCAAAUGACACUGUUAAGCGCAAGUAUGUUAAAAAACCAAAAUUACCAGGUGACACUCCUAGAAAAUACAAAACUGGGAAAAAGGCUGCUCUCCAAGCAGCCCAAGAAGCAGCCCAAGAAGCAGCUCAAGGGGCUGCUCAAGAGUCUAAUGCUAUUUCGGGAAUGUCUACGGGUAAACUUAUUAAUGUCAAUGGUAAUGCCCACUUAAAUCCAAAUUUAAGCCAUGACUCGUCGCAAGCAAUCACGAAUGGACAGUAUUCACAGCAAAGCAUACUAGGCGUACAAAGUAUGCAAAAUAUGCAAAAUGCAAUGAAUGUGUCAGGCAUGUCCAACAUGCCCAACGUGCCCAAUAUGCCCAACAUGCAGAAUAUGCCCAUGAUGCACAGUAUGACCCAUAAUGGUGCACUGGCAGUGAUGCCCACAUCAUUUCAACCAAACUUUGAUGAAAAAUUUUCUCGAACAGAAGCAUACCCUAUAGCAAAUGUUCCAAAUUACCCGCCUCCUCAAUUAAUGCCCAGAUUUAAUUCUAUGCCUGUAAACACAUCAGCUCCAGGUGCAGCAUAUCCGCUAAUGGCGUCGAAUAUUACUUCACAGCAGCAGCACCAGCAGCCGGAUCAAAAUAUAUAUCAUUCAGCUAAACUUUCAUCUUCGCAAUCCUCAAAUGAUACCAACUGGUCUAUCUCUCAAGAUCAAAAAGACAGCGAUACCUCCAUCAAUUCGUCACAGGGGGACCGGAAAUUCUUGGUUCAAAACCAACCUCAGCAUAAUCACCACCAUGGACAAGGUCAAAGUGAAGGUCAAGUCCAAAACCAAGGAAAAACCCACGCACAAACCCACGCACAAAAUCAAUAUGUUGCAGCCGACUCCAGCCCCUCCGAAGAUGGCAAUAGCUAUUCUUUCCAAUUGUUGAGAUUUUUUAGCGAAGAUAAUUUGGAAAUUCCUCUAUUUGUAAGAUACCCACCAGCCGACUUCAACAUGAAUGCACCAAUAGACGAUGAAGGACAUACCCCACUACACUGGGCCGCGUCAAUCGGCCAUCAAGAGAUGAUCCAUACACUUAUUUCAAAUAAUGCAAACCCUCUCGUUGUGAACAAUUUUGGGUUAAACCCGUUAUCUAAGCUAAUAUCUUUCAAUAAUUGUUACGAGCUCAAAAAUUUUGACCAGAUAUUGAAUGACCUCGAGUUGUGUUUAAUAAAUACCGACAUCAAUGGAAGAACCCCAUUGCAUUAUUUGUGUCAGUAUUCAAAAGUCAGAUCGAAAUUAGACAGUUUGAAGCUGUACAUGAAGUCCAUAUUGGCAAAGUUAACAGUGAUGUCAAGUCAAACCAUGUCAAAAUCAGUCAACUUGAUGAAGAAUGUCUUGAAUCAUCAAGAUAUUAGAGGUGACACAUGUUUGCACAUUGCUGUAAAGUCUGGAUGCAUUCCAAUAAUUGUUAUGCUAUUGCGCCACGGGGCACAGGACAAUAUUGAAAAUGUUAAUGGUGAGACUGUGAGAGGGUUGAUCAAUGGGCUACCACAAAAGGAUUUGAUUUUUAACGAACUUUUUAAUGAUGAAAGCUACAAUUUUUGGGACAAUAUGGUCGGCAAACAUCAAUCCCAACAUCAACUGCACCAGCAACUGCCCCAACAACUGAAUAUGCAGCAGCCACAACUCUCAGAUAUUCGUCAAUUGGCCUUGGCAACACCGGUACAGCCCAAGAUAAUAAAGGCCAAUACUCCAGAUACAGAACGAACUACAGUUCAAGUAGAUGAUGCGGAAGAUGAUGAUAUUGCGCGAGUUGACCAGCAACGUCUAGACGCGUUGAAUGACAAUAAAGAAAACAUUUUCAAUGAUAAGCUUAAUGAUAAGGUGUACGAUGAUGGAGCGUACGACGUUCUGACGCCUAUUUAUCGCCUGCAACAACAUCAUCAACAACAACAUCAACAACAACAUCAACAACAUCAACAACAACAACAUCAGCACAAUAGCAACAAUAACAUCAACAACAAUGGCAAUGUAUUUUCUUCACGACCACUUGCUGUUAUCAGCGAGAGUGGUACAAGUCUUGAAUCCGUCACCAAUAAUAAUAAUAAUCAUACUUCCCCUGGUAAUGUUAAUGCUAAUGGUGGUAUAAACUCCCAUCUUUCCCAACAACUACUUGAGUCACUGUCGGGGCAUGCCUUGAAACAAUUACAAUCGAGUCUGAAAUCCGUGGUUCAUGCUCGACGAGUAAAACAAUUACGAAUGCCAAAAAUUCCCAAAGUAUCUGAUGAAGGACAAUUGGAGGAAAAACAGGAUGAAGCGCUUGAAGCUAAACGAGUACUCCCGUUUGAAGAUUUAACCAAAAUGGUGACUGGAAUGAUUGGAUCUUAUUCUUUGAGCUACAGCAAGGAAUCAAGCAUACUCGAUAAAGAGUUGAUUACGUUAAAAGAGGAGCUUUCAGUCAAACGGGAUGAGGACAACAAGAAUAUGCGGUACGUCAAGAGCUUGUUACAAACCUCAGGGAUGGAAGACGUACCCCUCAAGACUGCUGAGGAGGCAAUUCAAUUGGUGACCAAGGCAAGCGAAGAAUAUAGAAAUCGUAUAAUGGACAAAGAGUCAAAAUUACUUUGUAUAUUGCAAAGGAAUCAAGCUUUUCAAUUAGCAAAUUUGGUUCAACAAGAAGAGGCGGCAAUGUUGGAGCAACAACAGAAACAAGAUGUCAAUACCGACAGCAUCCACGCUGAUCCUAAUGAUGUUCAAGUUCAAGAUCAAGAUCAAGAUCAAGUCCAAGGGCAUAAUCAGCAAAUCGAUAACAAAGAAUCUGGAAAAGACGAAAGCAUGAUUGGCGGAACAGAAGAUCUGGCCUUGGAAGAGAAAUUCGAACUUGCUAUUGAAUUGACAAGACUCCAGCAUAAACGAAAUAAAUUGGUUGCAAAAAUCGUUGAUUGUACAAAACAUUAUGGUGUUGAUGAUAAGAUGUACAAAUACAGAAAAUUAUUGAGUCUUAGUUGUGGAGUUCGUGUCGAGGACAUUGACAGUUUGAUAGACGGUAUAGCAGAAUCUUUAGAAGAAACUGCAAACUAG